AUGGCAGAGACAGUCCCAAUUGAGCUUCCUGUCAUUGACAUCUCUAAUCCCCAUGACCCCGCCGUGGGGAAGGCCAUGCUGGAUGCCGCUGCAAAGUAUGGCUUCUUAUACGUCAACAGCAAAGGUACCGACUUCACCGUGGAGGAUGUGGACCGUGGGUUCGGAUUGUCAAAGAAGUUCUUUUCGUCUUCCGCAGAGGAGAAAGAGAUAUGUCGGAUCCAGCCUAACAACCGUGGCUGGUCCGGAAUGCAUACAGAAACCCUCGACCCCGAGCAUCAGCGGACCGGGGACUUCAAAGAAGCCAUGAACUUCGGCGACUUCAAAGACGGCAAAGCCCAACAGCCUCUGCCACCGUCACUAACCCCCCACGAAGCAGAAAUUAAUGGCUUUGCCGAGAUCUGCAACAAAACCUGCACCAGAAUCCUGACUCUGCUAGCUCUAGGUCUAGAGAUCCAAGAAGACUUCUUCACAACCCGCCACGACCCAAGCACAGGCCCGACAGGCAGCAUCCUACGGUACCUGUGGUACCCAUCUAUCUUCUCAUCAGAAACCGCAUCCUACAAACACGACAAGGACGUGCGAGCCGGCGCGCACUCCGACUACGGCAGCAUCACGCUUCUCUUCCAGCGGCCCGGCCAACCAGGCCUAGAGAUCCUAACUCCAGAAGGCAGCUGGGCGCCCGUUCCCAUUGUGCCCGGCACCGCAGCCGAGGCUGAGGGGUAUCCAUUCCCGCCUAUUUUGGUAAAUAUCGGCGAUUUGCUGAGUUACUGGACGGAUGGACUGCUGAAGUCGACGGUGCACCGUGUUGUUUUCCCGCUUGCUGAGCAGCGGAGCCCGAAUCCGCAGGAUCGGUAUACGCUGGUUUAUUUCUGUCAUCCUGUUGAUGAGACGGAGUUGGUGCCUGUUCCUAGUGUAAUUGUUGCUGCGCAUCGGGAGCAGACCGGGGGUGUUGUUGCUGGUGGGAAGGUUGGGUUUGGGGGUGGGGCGGGUCAUUUGGUGCCUGGCAAGAGACCCUUAACGGCACAUGAACAUCUUAUGUCAAGGCUGGAGGCUACAUAUGGGUUUACUAAGGAGUGA